AUGGAUAGUGCGGGGGACGACGACGACCCCCGGUUUAUGGAACUCGAAACCUUGGAGGCUAUAUACCCCGAGAUACGCCACUCACACUCUCCCGAAUCAUCGAAAAGCGGUGGAUCGAGGUUUUCUUUUGAGCUUGAACUUCCAGUAGAACCGGCAAAACCUGUUACAGUCCUCUUCCCGGCUGCUUCGACUGGUGUACCGGAUGAGCGAGGAGCCCCGGCAUCAACAUCAACUGCAGCUCUGGCGGCGUCGACAAACGGUGCACCAGGAGAACCAGUUGAUUCUCUGCUUGUAUCUCACUUACCUCCGCUGUCAUUGAGAAUUACCCUCCCGGAUGGAUAUCCCUCUGAUAAACCGCCUGUUGUUACAAUCUCCACUACACCGCAGUGGCUUUCGCAGGCAACAGUGCGUACCCUAGAGGAUGAUGGACCGAGAUUGUGGGAAGAAGCUGGGAGAGACAUGGUCGCGUACACGUACAUUGAUCAUUUGCAGAGGGAGGCGGAGAAUGUGUUUGGAGCUAUCAGUUCCAAGGGAACUUUGGAGGUUGAUCCUGAACACAAGCUUGCCGUGUUGGACUUUGACAUCAACGCCAAGAAGGCAGCAUUUGAGAAGGAGACGUUUGAGUGUGGUAUAUGCCUAGACCCCAAGAAAGGCUCCAAAUGCCACAAGAUGCUAGACUGCGGCCACAUCUUCUGCCUCCAAUGCCUCCAAGACUUCUACACCGACGCCAUAAAAGAAGGCAACCUCUCUACGGUCCGCUGCCUCACACCAAACUGCUCCAAAGAGCGCGCAUCAUCAACCUCCACCGCCAAAGGCAAGACCAAAGCCGUCAUCAGCCCCAGCGAACUGCUCCAGAUCGGUCUCCCAGAGGACAUGGUCAAACGCUACGUAACCCUCAAGUACAAGACGGAACUCGAAGCUGACAAGGACACCAUCUACUGUCCUCGCCAAUGGUGCAAUGGGGCCGCUCGCUCCAAAAGGCACAAAAAGCCCGAAGGUCUCGAGUUUGCAGACUCCUCUGGCGAAGACACAGCAGACACAGUCACCGCGAACAACGCCAACGAGGACGCAAACGACGAAAAGGGCAGCAAGAAGAAGAACAAAGUCAAGAAAUUUGACCCGGCAGACUUACUCUCCGUCUGUGAGGACUGCGGGUUCGCCUUCUGCAGCAGAUGUAUGCAGACGUGGCACGGGGAGUUCGUACGCUGUGCGCCAAAGCGCAACAAGGACGAACUAACAGAGGAGGAGAAGGCGUCGUUGGAAUAUCUACAGCUUCACACUAGUCCCUGUCCUACGUGUAAUGCGCCGGCGCAGAAAACCCAUGGGUGCAACCAUAUGAUUUGUUCGAGGUGCGACACACACUUCUGCUACUUGUGUUCGUCGUGGUUGGAUCCCGCAAAUCCAUACAAGCACUACAAUACACAGGCCGGCGGGAAAGUCACAUCUUGCUAUAUGCGGCUCUGGGAACUGGAAGGCGGCGACGGCGACGACGUUGGACUAGGCUACGUCGGUGGAAGAGGACCAGCACAACUACCCGCCGAAGACGAGGAAAUCGUCCACAUCGUCCCCGAGAUCGAAGAACCCGAGUCUGAAGGAGAUUCUGAAUCCGAUGACGACGACGAGCCUAUCGAGCAGAACCCCCCUGUAGCAGUCGCCCGCGAAGCCCCCCUCGUCCUCCGCCUAAUGGACAAUCAACCUCGUCGAGAGCCUGCGCCCCAACCACCGCCAGCCAGAGCAAGAGGAGGACGCGGUCGAGGUCAAGCUAGAGGACGAGGCCAUCAACACCCAAACCAAAUCCCCGCCCCUCGAGGCGCCGCCCAUCGCCGCGGCCAACCCCCUCCACGAGCAAGAGGAAGAGCACCGCGUGGCAACAGACAGCAUAAUCCUCAUCAUGGCGCAGACCAAGAUGCAAAUGCGAAUGCCAACGAAAAUGCAAAUGCCCUCGAUCCAGCACAGGCAGCCUGGGUCCGCCACUUUGUUCAGAUGGCCCUCAUAGACGCAGAAGACCAGGUCGAGGGCGGAGAUUCCGAUUCCGACGACGGAAACUGGCGCAUUCGCUGA